AUGAAAGUACUCUUGUUACUUGCUUUAAUUGCUUUUGCUUUUGCAGAAGAAAAUGAACUUGACAACACAUUCGAUAUUGAUUUCACUGAGUUAGAUAACGUAGAGCUUUUUGAAGAAGAAAAUAAUGAUGAAGAUGAUGAAUUCCAAUUAGACGAAGAAGAAGAUGAUGAAGAAGAUGAAGAAGAUGAAGAAGAUGAAGAAGAUGAAGAAGAUGAAGAAGAUGAAGAAGAUGAAGAAGAUGAAGAAGAUGAAGAAGAUGAAGAAGAUGAAGAAGAUGAAGAAGAUGAAGAAGACGAAGAAGAUGAAGAAGAUGAAGAAGAUGAAGAAGAUGAAGAAGAUGAAGAAGAUGAAGAAGAUGAAGAAGACGAAGAAGACGAAGAAGAUGAAGAAGAUGAAGAAGAUGAAGAAGAUGAAGAAGAUGAAGAAGAUGAAGAAGAUGAAGAAGAUGAAGAAGACGAAGAAGACGAAGAAGACGAAGAAGACGAAGAAGACGAAGAAGACGAAGAAGACGAAUAUGAUUUAGAGGAAGAAGAAGAGGAUGAUGAUGCUGUUGCCGAGUCUUUGUUUGCUGAAUUUGAUGAUGAGGACCUUCUUGACUCUGAUGAAGGUCUUGAUGAUGACGAUGAAUUAGAUCUUGAUGAUGAUGACGAAGAUUUAGAAGAAGCAGACUUUUUUGAAGACGAAGAAGAUGAAGAAGAUGAUACUGAAGAAGAAGAAGAAUAUGAAUUAACUCAAGAAUGGUCAGAACAAGCAAAGUCAGAGGUUCAUCCAUUAGAUAAAAUUGAAUCAGCAGAACGACUUCUUGCUGAACUUGCUAACCAUCCAUAUCAUGGUAUGUAUGCACCAGCUUAA